AGCGCGCGGUGGUGUGUGUGUGAGAGAGAGACUAUCAACUGACAGAAUGAAUGGAGCCCGUUUGUUUACUCUCUAAUUAUUAAUUCUGGAUUCAAUGCAUUUAUCAUUCGGGACCAGUGAUGAUUUGGCUCCUGACGUGGGUUCUACUACUUGCCGAUGUACCACAGAUCUAUUGGGCUUUCGCCCAGGAUUCCUCUAAGCUGUUGUCCGUAACAGAGCCCACCUCCCUGGAGUCCUACAACCGCACCCAGUUCUGCCAGUGGCCCUGCAAAUGCCCUAAAACUCCCCCCACCUGUCCACCAGGUGUGAGCCUGAUCAUGGACGGCUGCGAUUGCUGCCGUGCAUGUGCCAAACAGGUGGGUGAGGUUUGCAAUGAGAAAGAAAACUGUGACCAUCAUCGUGGCCUUUACUGUGAUUACAGCAGAGACAAGCCGAGGUACGAAAAAGGAGUAUGUGCAUAUCUGCCUGGCACUGGCUGUGAGCACAAUGGUGUGAUCUAUCGCAAUGGCCAGAGCUUCCAGCCCAAUUGCAAAUACCAGUGUCUGUGUGUAAAUGGGGCGAUUGGCUGUGUCUCACUGUGUAAUGAGUCUCAGCCACCCAGGGUGUGGUGCCUGAACCCACGGAGGGUUAAAAUCCCUGGCCACUGCUGUGAACAGUGGAUCUGUGAUGAGUCCAGGAGGGGGCGCAAGACGGCCCCACGACACACAAUGGCUGCCCUCUCUAGCAUAAAGGACAACUGGCACAAGAACUGUGUGGCCCAGACAUCCUCCUGGAGUCCCUGCUCAAAGACCUGUGGCCGCGGAGUGUCUUCACGCAUUUCUAACAACAACAAGCAGUGUCAGAUGGUCAAAGAGAACAGACUAUGCAACAUUCGACCAUGUGAAGUGGACAUCACAAAACACAUCAAGCCUGGAAAGAAGUGUUUGAACAUCUACAGGUCAGAGAGGCCACACAACUUCACUAUCUCAGGCUGCACCAGUACACAGUCUUACCGGCCCAAAUACUGUGGAGUGUGUACGGACGAGCGCUGCUGCAUCCCAUACAAAUCUAAGACUGUUGAGGUUGAGUUUCAGUGUCCUAGUGGAUCUGGCUUCUCCUGGAAAGUCAUGUGGAUCAAUGCCUGCUUCUGCAACCUGAGCUGUAAGAACCCCAAUGACAUAUUCACAGAGCUAGAGCUGCACCAUGAGAAGCAUGAGAUUGUGAACUGAAAGUGUACUAGCCCUUGCUGAACUGAUUUAAGUCCAAAUUAAUAUUGGAUGUAAGAGCCACAGAUUUAGUUUUCUUUUGUCUAUUAUUUUCUGCACAAGAGUUAUUUAAUCUGACAUCAUCUUUGGUCUUUUCCAAUAAGACCUUUUUCCUUUUGGAAAAAUGUAUAUGAACCGUCCAUGUAUAGAAAUAUUAUUUUACGACAAUGUGGCUUUUUGCACCCAAAAUGUUAAUAUUGGUGAGGUUAUAUAUAUCACCCAAAAUGACCACAGACAGCUUUUGUCACAUUGACAAAUUAAUCCUUUUGUACACAUGAUAUAUGUAAAAAGACAAGAUCUCUUUGACUUUUGUGGUCAAAAACUUAAUUUAGGUAAAGCAUAUGGAAAGAAUAACUAUAGGACAUUGCCUCUAUGUAUUGAUAGUGUACAUAUUUUGUAAUAUCAAACUAUUUUAUACAAAUAAGCACAUUUUGCAUGUAAGCUCUGUAAUAACACUGUAAACUACAAAGAGUUAGAUUUACCUUGCAUGUAAUGUCUAUUAAAAAAAAAAAGUAUGAUCAUGUAUGGACACAUCUUAAAUUUCUCAUAACUUUAUUUUAAUUUUUUAUAUAUAUUUUUAUAAAUACAAAUCUUUUUCCAUUAAAAAUGCAGUGCAUUAAGUUGUACAUCAUUACAAAGCAAUGUGCCUUACAGAGCCUGCAAGCUUUUGUUUUAGUGUGCAUGGAAGAGCAAGUGAAUUUCUAAGAUUUACCUCUUUCUCCUUCUGAGCAAUCCAUUGCAUUACAAUUUCAAAACCUUGAGAGAAAAAGCAUUCAGUCCAAGUAGAGCACAUGGCACAUUUUGUUCUGUUGUGCUUGAUUGCAUAGAAAUCAUUGUUACAAACAAAAACAACAAAAAUAUUCAUGUACAGACUACAUUCACUUUGCCUUAUCUACAGAUUGGUUUUGUUGAAUUUCAAUUAAUGAUAAGAUUAUUUCUAAAACAUUUAUAGUUAUUUGAUCUCACAUUUAAAAGAAAAAAAAGAA